GGAGUGAGAUGUUCUGUGCGCUCUGCUGAAGAUCGAAGAUCUUUGUCGAUACAAGUUGCAGCUGGUGGCUGAGCAUAAACGUAUAGUAAAAGAGAGUAUUGUCUGUUGUGCCGGGCUCUGCUGGUACGAGACCGAACGAUAAGAGUGUGCUGGAAUUUGAAAUAUUUCGUCCGUGACCGUGGACCGCGUGAGGCGCAGUUGAUACGCAAAUUAACUCGCGCUGUUUUUUUUUCAACCCGUACGUGCAAUAAUACGCGAGAAAGAGGUUUGCCGCCCGAAAAAGAAAACACAUGCAGCAGAGGAAGAAAACAUUAAUCGCGAUCUUUCGCGCUUUGAUUAAUUAAGUGUGUCUUAGGCGCGCACGCCUUCCGCGUCUUUGGCGGUGCAUAUUUUGAAAUUUUUCGGAAGUUUUUUUGAUCUUCAAUCAGAAAAGCAACCGAUUUCUGGCUACCAGCGAAAGGGUAGGCCAAUGAAGGCAGAUAGAAAGUGAGCUGUGGUACUGAAGAGAAGAGUCACCCGCAAGGAAUGAGCCGACGAGAGUCAGCCGUGAGUUCGGUCUGGUGUUUUAGCAACUGAAUAAUUGUGAUGAUGAAGGUAUGCAGAAUUCCCUAGUCUUCGUAGGGCCGUGACAAGUGCGAUAAUGGAAAAUUUACGUGACCAAUAACUGGGCAGCAAUUUGGUAUCAUGCGAUUCAAUACACAAUCGAAGAAAGUUGCAAGCUUUUGGAUGCAUUCGUGUGGUGUGGUUUGCUGACCUGAAGCGCACUGUGAACAAGCCUGUACUAAAAGCAGGUGGUGGUGCCGGAAAGAAUUCGAUUGGAAUGCGAUGGAUAUGUAAAAGUGACGAAACGGCGUUGGUAGGGAAAGUUCCGUGUUGAUCGCGCUUCAGUCGUUCGUAAGACUCUACGAGUCAUCUGAAAGAAAUUUAAAACAUACUACUUUUUUUCGGGCAUCCUUGGUUCAAACAGAGUUAUUAAUAAUAACAACGACAUCAAAGUAAAGUGCAUGGCUAACUACAACAGCACUGGCAUCUGCGGUAGUUCUAGUGGCAGUAGUGAAAGUAAAUUCAACUCGAUCAAAGUGAGUUUUUCCGAUUGGAGAAUUAAAUGCUUCUUCCAUAAAAAGUAGUUCGACAUCAAAGAAAAGAAAAACCAUUCGGAGCCGAAGCCGAAGUUCAAACGGUUGCCGUUGUUUUGAAUGCGCUCUCCUAGGAGCGGGUCGUACCGAACCGGCGGCGGGAAGGCGACGCAGCAGUGUUUUGAUUUCUCUGCAUCGCAACGUGGAGAAGUGUCGUGGCGCAAGAUGCGGUGCAAUAAUGCUGGCGGUGCUCUGAUGGCAACCAUCGCAACCAUGGUCCUGAUUGUGACGCAUUCCAUCGGUCCCUGUCAAUGCCGGGCCGCCAUGGCAGGAAUAAAUGGGAAUCAAGCGAAUGGCGGCGGUAGUCGUCUACGGAUGGCCAAUAUUUCCAUCGAAAGUAAUUCGAUUCAGCGAUUAGUUGGUGAAACGGCAGCCGCUCAUGAAAUGUCAUUAUCCGGUGCGCUGUUGACGGGCGAUGCAGUCGUCAGUUAUAACAGUGCUGGCAGUCACGGUUCGAGCAAUAAUCCGCCCCCACCGAGGAUGGUUCAGAAGGAGCUGAAGAGGGUGUUUUUAUCGAACCGAACGGUGACUUGCAACGAUGGAUCCCAGGCGGGAUUCUAUCUGAGAAAGUCUCCCGGAUCUAGGCGGUGGGUGGUGUUUUUCGAGGGAGGUUGGCAUUGCUACGAUCAUAAAUCGUGCCGUGCCAGAUGGUUGAAGCUACGUCACCUAAUGACCUCGGCACAAUGGCCUGAGACAAGAGAUGUUGGUGGACUCCUAUCACCAUUGCCUUCGGAGAAUCCUUACUGGUACAAUGCAAAUCAUGUAUUUGUGCCCUACUGUAGCAGUGAUUCAUGGAGCGGAACUAAGGUCAAGCCGGAUAUGCGAGAUGGGCUACGUUUCAUGGGAUCAUUGAUCGUUCGGCAAGUGAUUUCGGAUUUGAUUCCACUUGGCCUGGGCCAUUCGCAAGGUGCCGAUCUACUGAUGGCAGGCUCUUCGGCCGGUGGACUUGGUGUGAUGCUUAAUCUGGACAUGGUUAGAAGUUUUCUGCAAAACGAAAGAGGAUUGACAGUGAGUGUGAGAGGUGUGAGUGACUCUGGUUGGUUCUUAGAUAGAGAACCUUACACUCCUGGAGCUCUGACUGCCUCUGAAGCCGUUCGCCAAGGCUGGAGAAUGUGGAAUGGAGCACUUCCACCGGCCUGUGUCACAGAACAUUCCAAAGAACCCUGGCGUUGCUAUUUUGGUCAUCGAUUGUACAACACACUGAAAUCACCCUUAUUCGUCUUCCAAUGGCUGUUCGAUGAAGCCCAGAUGCGAGCUGAUCACGUCGGUGCUCCGGUAACACCCCAGCAGUGGGAUUACAUUCACGAUAUGGGCGGAGCACUACGGGAAUCGCUGAACAACGUGACGGCGGUAUUUGCUCCUUCCUGUAUCGGCCAUUCCGUGCUGACGAAGCGGGACUGGUUGAAUAUCAGGAUCGACGAUAUCAGUUUGGUUGAUGCAAUGCGCUGUUGGGAACAGUCAGACGUGCGUGAGAAGCAGGUUCAGAGGCGACAAUCGAACAGAAAUCCUAAUCCACAGAAGCUGCGCAGGAAGCAUAAUGGCGGGAGACAGAAAAAGCAACCGAACGAUAUGGGCAGCAACGGUUCUACGGUGCAGCAAAAUGGUGAACCGAAGAGACCCAAGCUGACCAAAGAGGAGCGCGAAAAACGACGCCAGGAAAGGCGGGAGCGCCAGAACCAACGUCGAAUAAAUCGAUUGAACAAGAACAACGGGCGAGAAGGUGGACGGAACCACACUCGCCAUCAGCAAAAACAUGAAGAAUCCCAAUCAACAAAUGUUCCUAGACUAGAACGGUCACCAAAUAGUAUCGGCAACGGUAAUAAUAGUCUUAACAGUAGUCUUAACUCAAAUAAACAAAACCAACCACAGCUAAACGUUCGACAUCGGUUGCGGAAUCAGAACAAGAAACGUCUGAAUCAUAAAAAUCGGAACCGAAAGAAUAUGAACAAUAACCGGAAACAUCGACAGCAGCAAAACCGGAACGCUGCAAUGGCCUUUGGGCAGGAUAUCGCCGAACCAAAGAAGUGCUCGUUGAGGCUACUGGAACGAUGUAGUUGGCCCCAGUGUAAUCACUCCUGUCCGACGUUGACGAAUCCGUUGACCGGUGAAGAGAUGAAAUUUCUCGAGUUGCUGGCAUCCUUCGGGUUGGAUAUGGAAGCGGUAGCUACUGCACUUGGCGUCGAUAUGCAAACACUCAACAACAUGGAUCAUGCGGAACUGGUGAACCUCUUGACGCAACAGGUCACGUAGCAUCAGACUACGAACAUUGGAAGAUUGUGUACAUAGCUGGACAAAAGUAAUAGAUAGGCGAUAACUUAUUUGCAUGUUAGCUGUAGUUGAUAUAUAGAGAAGAAUUUGAUUGAAAAAUUUAAUCAGAUGAAUUUUAUAUUUGAGCAAGAUGUGUUUCUAAGUUCAAAAUUUUAUGGUUAGCUUGAUGCAUGUCUCUGAUGGCUGACCAUCCUUUUAUUACGAUUCGGUCCAUGUUUAAUUUAGAAAUGCAGCUCACUUUUGUUGAGAUUAACUGUCAAUAGAUAGUGUACAUAUUGUGCUUUAAGCAGGGUAGCAGAGCGACAAAACAAACUAAACCAGACUGAAUCAUAAAUUAAAACUAUUUAUUUCUUAUAUUGCCAAUGCACGUGUAAAGAAAAUAUUCUAUAAAGAAAACCAAGCCCCAAUUUUAUAAAAACCUAGAAUAGCGACAAUUGCCCCAGUACUUAGCGCCUUAAGAGAUAAUAUUCUGUAAUAUAUUAAAUUGUACUCUUAGAUGGAAUACCGCCUAAAUGAAUUGAGUUGUAUUUAUUUUGCUUUAAGAAACCAGUCUGUAAAUACUAGAACCCUAAGCCACUCGAAAUUACUACCUCACCGAUCACUAGCAUAACAGCACACUAAUGCCACUAUCCGCUACAUAGUACAGCACUCGAAUAGUAAAUGAGCAACCUAAUUCGAAACAAAGUGAACAGACUGCAAACGAAUCAUAUAUUGUACCUGCUAUUAGUCAUAGUUGUAAAAGUACUAGCAAUGCUUUGAUUUUUCGACCUCCAGUGCUCGCUCACUCCUGGCUGCUUCGUAGUUGCAUCAGAGAAAAGUGGGAUUUUUUAGAAACCCGUCUCCUUUUUAACGAUCGGUUGCUUAUAGAGAGAGAGGGCACACGAAAUUUGUUUCUUUGUCUCUGUUUACGAGAAAUUCUAGAUGGUAAUGAAAUUGUAUAUAGUAAUUUAUACGACCACGAAUGACAACACUGUAAUCAGCGUAUUUGUUGAACAUAAAUCAAAAGCCAA